AUGGAGAAGCCUUCUCACUCAACGACAUUUGAACAGGCGAUCUGCGUUACGCCGGUGGACUCUCACACCUAUUGGGCUUUCCUCGAUGCAAAUUGGUGUAUGGGGAGUGUGCCGCACGGGGGAUACACAGCAAGUAUUCUAUACAGGUUAGGAGCAACGCACUUCAAAAACACGCACUCUUCUCGAUUUAGAACAAUCCCUGAGCCUACCACACUCCAAAUAUCAUUCUUGAAUCGAACUAGUGUUGGCCCUGCGCUCCUUAAAGUUCAAGACAUGAAGGUUGGGGGACGGAUAAGCACAAUUCAUGUCACAUUAUCUCAGCUUCCUGACAGCCAUCUGACAAAGGUUAUGGACUUCAAACGCGAUCAUUCGCCCUUGACCAGACACAAUAGCGAAUUUGAGGUUAAAUUGGCGGCAUAUAUCACUGCUAGCCCUCCCGAGGCAGAAGGGGGACCGAGCAUUGCAGGACCUUGGAGCCUCUAUCCACCGCCAGCACCUGGCUCGCUCGCUGACGGUUCGAUCAACUUUCCAGCGCUACUGGAGGACUGUGCCGAUGGUCAAUGGAUGCGACAUACGUUCUCACCUGUCCUGAAAGCAACAAAGCAAUUGGAGAUAUAUGGGCCUCGCUCCCAGCAUCCAGCAACUCUUGGCAGCCGAAUGAAACGUGCGGUCGAUCAAUGGGCAAGGUUCUGCCCUGAGGGACAAACAACGGCGCGAUGGUCAAAUGAGGCAGUCAUGUUUCUAGUGGAUAUGUUCCCCGCAGCAUCAGACCGGAUGUGUGCGAUGGAAAUAAGCCGCCUCUCGUCCCUUGGAUUACUGGGAGAUACCGGUAUGAAGGUCCGCUCUUUCGAAAAGGUUUUUUGGUAUCCAACUGUGACAAUGACCAUUGAUUUAAAAAGGAGGCUUCCACCGGAAGGAGUUGAAUGGCUCCACAGCCGAGUGACCACAAAAAUGGUCCGUGGAAGUCGUGGGGAUCUAGACGUUGUAGUGCUGGACCAGCGCGGGGAGAUUGUAGCUCUUGCAACACAGGUGGCGUUGGUAGUUGAUGCAUCUCGUAAUUUUUCCAGAAGGUCCGUCAUUGAAAAGCUAUAG